AUGUCACAUCAACGUCAGUCGCGCUUUAUCUUUGAAACAAGAAGAAAUGUACGUACCUUUCGCCAUCAACCGUACAUGAACGAUUCGUCCUUGGAGUGCGAGAGUUGCCGGAGUCCAGUUGCAGCAAAUGAACCGUUCAGCCAUCAUUGGCUGUCCGGCGAAGAUGCCCAGCACAUUAAACUGGAUCUGGAGAGGAAACUGCUGCUCAAGCAAAUCGAAAAGGAAUGCAUUGAAACGUUUAUGCUAUGUGAUGAAUCCGCAUAUGGGCGUACUCAGGAAUUUAUGCUGGAUGCCGGAACACAAGCAGUGCCGCAAUUGUUGCGUUUCUUGAACUACGAGGCCAACGAACUGGUAGUCACCAUAGGCUUUUAUGUGACUGUGUUGAAGGAGCGUCUGUACUUCGAAAGUUAUUCCUUCAACAUAAAGCAUUUCCUGGAUAUUGAAGCAACAGUUGACAUGGUCUUCACUCGGCUCGUUGAGAAGAUUAGCAGCUACAUGUUUUUGGUGAUGGGGCUUUUUCUGGAUUCAUGCACCAUCAAACGCAUCAAAAUAACUGUCAAACGGCUAUACAAUGGACAAGAACUACUGCCACUGCAAUAUCGUAUCAAGAACAAAGGUGGUUUCAAGGCCAACAACAAUAGGAAAUCGGUGAAUUUGUCGCUGCUCAACGAAAGUUACAUCAACUAUCAUGGAAUACGUUUUGGAAAGUUUCCCGACUCCCUGCAAGUGAAUCUCUAUUGUUUCCGUGUUUGCGCCAGCACCAGGGAACUGUUUGCCGUGCCGUAUUUGAUCAGAAGCGAAGAUGUGAAGAACACACCCACUUUUCUCAUUCAAACAGAUGUGGCGGGAGAAUUUCGAGGCAUGUAUGAAGUACCCAAUAUUCGAAGAUUUCUGCGCACGGAACCCAACGAUCGCAUCAUAGUAUGUCGCGUUUGUCAGGCGCACUUCACGAACCGUAUGCACUAUGUAUUACACAAACAAAUUGAUUGCGGAAACGACGUUACGGUUUUGCAAAUGGACGGCGAGUCUUUCGAGAUAUACGAAAAUUGCAUUACGCUGCCAAAGGAGUUCUUUAAAUUCGCGUGGUUUGGUAUAGGACCUAAUUAUUAA